GGAAAUAUCCGAAGCGGCGGGGCGCCCGAGGCCGUUGCCGACCUCCGCGCCGAAGCAGCUGGUGCCGCAGAAGCCGAGCCUCCUCUAGUACGCGGCCGCCGCUAGCGCAGCCGCCGCCUCAUCCUUCCCCACUGAGCCGCAGACCCUCGGGGAGGAACUGAUUGAGCAGGCGAGCGGCGUGGCCCAAGAAACGCAGCUGGGCCUGAGGAGACCAGAGCGGGCGAGGGGGCGGAGGGAGCGGCCGGGGAAGGUAGGGGCGGGGCCUAGCAGGCCCGAGAACAGCCGAGUUCGUCCGAGGGCCGCCGAGCGACCCCGAGGCGCUGGGCCAGGCCGGAGCCGGACUACGGGAGCCGAGGCGGGCCGCGCGGUGGGCGCGGGGCGGAGCGGCGCGGCAGGCCGGGCGGGCGGCAGCAGCAGCAGCAGCAGCAGCGGAGGAGGCCGCGGCGGCGGGUCAGAGGAGCGGAGGCAACGCAGGCGGCGGCGGGGGGCCGGGUGGCCGGGGUCCCUGGCCCCGCGGCGGCGGCAGCGGCGGCGGCGGCAGGAUGAUCAAGCUGUUCUCGCUGAAGCAGCAGAAGAAGGAGGAGGAGUCGGCGGGCGGCACCAAGGGCAGCAGCAAGAAGGCGUCGGCGGCGCAGCUGCGGAUCCAGAAGGAUAUAAACGAGCUGAACCUGCCUAAGACGUGUGAUAUCAGCUUUUCAGACCCAGACGACCUCCUCAACUUCAAGCUGGUCAUUUGUCCUGAUGAGGGCUUCUACAAGAGCGGCAAGUUUGUGUUCAGUUUUAAGGUGGGCCAGGGCUACCCGCAUGACCCCCCCAAGGUGAAGUGUGAGACGAUGGUGUAUCACCCCAACAUUGACCUCGAGGGCAACGUCUGCCUCAACAUCCUCAGAGAGGACUGGAAGCCAGUCCUUACGAUAAACUCCAUAAUUUAUGGCCUGCAGUAUCUCUUUUUGGAGCCCAACCCUGAGGACCCACUGAACAAGGAGGCUGCCGAGGUCCUGCAGAACAACCGGCGGCUCUUUGAGCAGAAUGUGCAGCGCUCCAUGCGGGGUGGCUACAUCGGCUCCACCUACUUCGAGCGCUGCCUGAAAUAGGGUUGGCGCAUACCCACCCCUGCCAGGGCCACCAGCCCCAGCAUCCCCUGCAAAUAUUUAUUGGGGGCCACGGGUGGGGGGUGGGGAAGGCGGCCGGUGGGGGAAUCCCCUGCCUUGGCCUUGUCUCCCCUCCCUGCCACCUGUCCCUAGUUGUUUUUUUUUUAACCACCAUGUGAUUAAGGUCGGCGCUGCCUCCCGCGACCCACUCACUCAGCGAUGGGAAAUGAAUUGGCUUGUCCAGCCCCCCCUCCCCACUGGGCUGUCUAGCCCCCACUCUGGGCUGUGGGAUGGGUAGGCAAGGGGUGUGGGUAGCUGGGCCCGGGCAACCCACCCCUCCACCACUGGAGGUCCCACCAGGCUAUUAAAGGGGAAUGUUACUGCA